AUGUCACAGAUAAUCUCUACCCAAGAAGUUCAAAACAACAACAUCGAAGCGUUAGAAAUCGACUUCGAUCAAUACAUUAUGGAACGCCGCCAAGAUUGUAAAUCUUGGAACCAAGCUAUUACAGGAUCCCUAUCGAACAGAAUCGACCAAUGCGAAAUUGCGAUCGAGAAGCUAGACAAAGAGAUCGACUUCUGUGAUGAGAGAGCAUCUAGCAUUGAAUUAGACAGAGUCUCACCACCGGAUUACCAAUCCUGGCUCCUAGAAAACUACGAGCAGCUUUUAAACAUCUUGUACGCGCUGAAAGCUUGGUUCCGCCAAUUCCAAGACGAUUAUGAAGCGUUGCAUCACGCAUUGAGCAAUCGCGAUGCCAUGACUGCCGAGGAAAUCCAGCGAGAUCUGGAGGAACCUUCGGAGUUUGGCUUGCCGACUGAAGACAGAACCCAAUCAGAGCUAGAGAUGGACACAGAUAUGGAAGAUGAUAGUGAGAAUUAA